AUGCUCUCUAAGUCGGCUCUCCGAGCGCAUCUAUCUGCCUCAAUACCUCUGUACUCCAAUGGCACACGUCGCCUCUUCUCUGCGACUUCCCCGACAACCUUCAGCCAAAAACUCCCCGAUUCGGCCUCAACCCCGAUCAAUCCACGAUGGCUCACAAUGGCCAAGCGAAGGGUUGGGAAGUGCAUGAUGUUUGGGAUGAAGCCAGCUCAGAUUGACGAGGGGGGAAGAUUCUACAGCAAUUGGCCAAGGAAUGGCGGGAACUGGUCGCUGGGAGCGAGGGAUUUCUCACGGAUAAGAAACGGCGCACAAGGUCACGUCAACAACGUUACCUAUGUUCGAUACGCCGAAACAGCUCGAGUGAACUGGACGCGCAAUAUCGGUAACUAUAUCGAUACUGCAAAUAAGAAAGAAUGGAUAAACAUGCUUGGUAGUACGGGAAUCGGGCUCAUCCUAAAGAGUAUCAAGGUGGACUACAAAUUUGUACUGUAUCCCUGA